CUUCUGCCGUCAGGUUUUUCCCAGCAAUGUACUUUUGGCGGCUGCACGGAAAACAUGGCGGAAAUUUUGAAAGAUUGCAGUGUGCCCGGCAAGCUGUCAUUGGAUGAUCUUGAAGCCCUGUGCCGCACAGAGAGGCUCCACUGUAAAGAUUUCGGCAUAACCAAAGCCAACGUCAAUGAUUAUGAGGUGGAGUUCCUCUGUGACUACAAGAGGACUAAAGAAGAGGAAUUUUACCUGGUAAAAUGGAGGGGCUUUCCAGAGUCCGUCAACACCUGGGAACCUAAAAGGAACCUCAAAUGCCCCAAACUGAUGAAGCAGUUCCACCUAGACCUGGAUCAGGAGCUGAGACGCCAGAAAAGACGAAGCAUCCCCAAAAAGCUGGAUAAGGAAAUCUCAACCUUCUUAGUUUUGAAAGCUAAGCUACGUCAGCGACUGGAACGCUGGGAGGUCCAGCUCAACCAAACAUGCAACCAUCCUGGUCGUAUCUUUGUGAGGAACGAUGUCGACCUUGAGGGUCCACCUAAAAACUUCACUUACAUCAACCACUACAAAGCAGGCCCAGGCAUUGUUUUUGAUGAAAUGGCCGUGGGCUGUGAGUGUAAAAACUGCUUAGAAGAGCCGGUGAACGGAUGUUGUCCUGGUGCAUCCUUGCACCGUGUUGCCUACAAUGAACUUGGCCAGGUUCGGAUCCGGCCUGGGAAGCCCAUAUACGAGUGUAACUCUCAGUGCCUCUGUGGCCCAGACUGCCCCAACAGAGUGGUGCAAAAAGGCAUUCAGGUUGACCUGUGUAUCUUUAAGACGGACAACGGCCGUGGAUGGGGUGUCCGUACUCUGCAGCAUAUCAGGAAGAACACAUUUGUCAUGGAAUAUGUAGGAGAGAUCAUCACAACAGACGAAGCAGAGAAACGAGGUCACAUAUACGACUGCCAAGGCUCUACAUACCUAUUUGACUUGGACUACGUGGAAGACGUGUACACAGUGGAUGCUGCUCACCAAGGAAACGUCUCUCACUUUGUCAACCACAGUUGUAACCCAAACCUACAAGUGUUCAAUGUGUUUAUUGACAACAUUGAUGAGCGACUCCCACGAAUCGCUUUAUUUUCAACACGAGCCAUUCGGGCAGGAGAGGAACUCACCUUUGACUACAAGAUGCAAAUUGACCCUGUAGAUACAGAAAGCUCCAAGAUGGACUCCAGUUUCACCCUAGCGGGUGUCUCCAGUUCUCCAAAGAAAAGGAUUCGAGUGGAGUGCCGCUGCGGAUCGAACUCGUGUAGAAAAUACCUGUUCUAACACGGACCUGGUGGUUGAAAAACACUAUCUGUACAAAAUUGUACGUAUUUGUGUUUUUUAAUGAAAGCUCUUUAUAAAUGACCAACAUCCUAAAAACACAACCUGACACAAACUCCUUGGUUUUCAACUUAGAAGAAAAGAUGACAUUUUUGAACAACUCGGUGGCUUUAAAUUUUAAAACGACUGCAUGGUUUUAAAAUUUUAUUUAUUUUUUUUUUUUUCAGCAUGGUCAAAACCAAGUUAAUUCCAUAAUCCAAAGUGUGGCAUGCAUUAAAGGGACUUUAUGCAACUGAAGAGUAAACAUACAAGAACACUACUACUGGCUAGCAUAUGUUACCAAUAGUGAUUUAAAAGAACAGAUUGUACAAAAAAUGUCAAUUGUAUACAUGUCGAAGCGUGUGUGUGUACACACACACACAAGUUGUCUCAGAGAGGCGACCAACAUUUUUUUUCAUGUUGUUACAAUACGCUAUACAUUCAAUGAUAGCUAACGUUGGUCGCUAAAAUUGGUAGCUAUCAUUGCUAUCAUUUGCUGACAGAAAGCCUAACUUAUGUGCAUGCGUGUGUUAUGUGGCGUGAACUUUACGUACUCAAAGCGGGAGGAAGUGGGAUAUAAGGUUCUAAGUAAAGCUGUCUUGCAAACAACCACGAAAGUGAAACAGGCUGUUCAUCAGCUGAUCAAAACUUGAAAACUUGGCAAAAAUGUGGCCUUGGCCCAAAUUAAGGUUGUUACUGGUGUUGAGUGCAGUCCAAUAACCAUCAGACGAUAUCUGUGAGCAAAGGGUUUUGAGAACAAACAACAUCUUCAAAGGCUUCAUCUUCUUUAAUGCAACAAAAUUGCCUAUUUGGAAUUUGCACGAGAGCUCCAAACACGGACAUUUAAACAAAAAGUUUCAUUCUAGUAACCUUGCCUGUCCUGAUGGCUUCCAACGUUACUGGCAUGAUGAGGAGAUCCCACCUGUGAUGUUUUCCACAUGGCACAGUGGAGGGGGCGUCAUCAUGAUCUGCGGUGCUUUUUCCUUCAAUGGAACAAUGGGGCGUCAGGUUGUGUAGGGGCGUCAAAAGGAAGAUGGCUAUGUGGAGAUACCUCAUGACUGAAGGCCCUCGUCCACGUGGGCUGCAUGUUAUGUCUAUUUCAGGGGGGUUUCAUGUUUUUUAUUUAACUAAGGUCUUAAACUUUUGAUUAGCUGAUGAACAGUCUAUUUCAGUUUAAUGGUUGUUUGCAAUAAAUUGCCUACUCACAUUUUUUUUUUGUUUCACCCUGAUUUAUUUUUUUUGUAUUUUGAAGCACUUCUUAGAACCUCCUUAAAAUCCAACAGUGCAAACUGUAAGUUGUUGCAAUUUUUCAACUGGUCUUAAAAUUUUUGAUCAGGAGUGUACAGUCAUCCCUCCUUUAUCGAGGUUAAUUGGACCAGACCGUAAUAAGUGAAUUUCCGCAAAGUAGGAAUCCUGAUUUAUAAGUGGAAUAUUAUUGUGCAUAGAAAACCAGUUUGUGACCUUCUAAAUACAAAGACAAAUAUAAAGACAUUAUUAGAACUCUGUAGACACCUUUACACUCGUAUUACCCAAAAUAGUAGAGAUAUGACAAAACAAGCCAUUUAAGACAAAAUAGACUCACAUAUUAGCACUGCGAAAAAAACAUGUUGGGGUUACUUCCUCCAGUGGCUAGCUCAUCAGUGUAACAUUACUGACACCUAGUGGCCAGUGUAGAAUACCAACGAUUUGUAUUUGAAUGUUGUCUCAAUGCCUUCUAUUUGGACUUAAGUUAAUUUAUCCAUGUUUGUGCUUGAAAGUGCUUCAUUUAGACUUAAUAUGUAAGAUUUGAAUAUAUUUUUUGACUAAAUAAUUGGCCAUAGUCAACCAUGAAACGGCACUGAAUGUCUUAAUGUAGUUUGGAAACCCGUGAUGAGUAAAACUGCCAAAUUCAAAGUGUGAGGUGAUGAGGGACAAUUCUAAUGCUUGCAGCACAUUUGAACGUUGCUGCCCUUUAUUUAGGCAGCCGGGGAACCAUUUGCAUACAGUCCCUUUUUAAUAGUGUCACCGCACUUGCUAUAAGUCUGAUAAUUGUGUGCUGAUUACAUUUUGGAUGUGUCCUAAAAAAAAAAAAAAAAAAAAAAAAAAGAAC